GAAGCUUUUGUGAUGGAAGGAGGAGAUUCUCUUGUAAGGAGGUGGGAGGACCUUGAUAGUGAUAUCCUUGUAAAGAUAUUCCAGUCCUUUGACCUUUUGGAGUUGACUUCUGGACCUGCUCAAGUAUGUACUGCGUGGCAGUUGGCUUGCUCUGAUCAAUGUUUGUGGAAAACGAUGGACUUGUCCGUGCUGAAAUCAAACUUCAUCAAAAUUCCGUUUGAGCCGUACGUAUAUGUCCACAGUCAGUCUGAUGAAACGUUGACCCGCCUCCUGAAGAUUUGUUUGAACCUCAGUCGGGGAAGCAUUCUAGCGUUAAUCUUCCAUUACAAUUUGUAUGUCAGGGACGAUCAGUUGACUUGUACUGCCGAGAGGUGUCCACGGCUAAAACGUCUUGUUAUGCCUGCUUGGAACAGAAUAGAAGAGACAGGAAUAUGCAGGGCUAUUCGUAUGUGGGACGAUCUUGAAUCACUGACGAUGCCUGAUAUAGAAGAUCCUCCAUGUGUCAUGGAGGAAAUUGGAAGUAGUUGCAAAAAUUUUACUGAGCUCAAGAUUAUGGGGCCCUGUGAUAUGUUCUUUGCAUCUGCACUGGUAGAAUAUCUUCCGAACUUGAAAGUGUUGAGUGUGAGGUGCACAUUGUUAUCUAAACCUGCCUUGGUUAUUAUCUUGGAGGGGUUAAAAAAGUUGGAAGUGCUCAACAUAUCUCAUUGCCUAAUUACUGAAGUCCCUCCACCUGAACCGAUGGAGAUCCUGACUGAGCUUGAUGAAUCAAUUCUUGAUAAAGCAUCUAGGUUACGCGAAUUCCUAACCUGCAUGAGUGACUCGUGCAUCGUGUGUCAGCGUACUCGUAAUGAUGAAGGGCUGCUGAGGUGGCAUAGGUAUGAAGAAGACCUCUGGAAAGUGGAUGAGGUGAAAUCUCUUGCAAUUUGACAACUUUAAGAAUGAGUUAAAGGUCCAAUAAAUUGUGUAAACUUGUGUAUUUGAAACAUGAUAAAACUUCGUCAUUGUUAAUGGACGCGAAUCAGCUUCCAGUUUGCUAGCAGCAAGUAUUAUCCUUUUGAGUUGGUAACGUUUGGUGGCAAGGAGGA